AACAACAGCAGUAGCACUCGUCCUGCGCUGGUACCGUUUGAUUUUAGACAGUCGCAGCCGCCGCCACCACUGCCUCCGUCAGAAUUGGAGACACUAACUGUGGCUGAAGCAGUCAUGCCCAUCCCAACGCCGCAACCAAACACCAACGCCUCGGAUACGAAACGGAGGAAAGACGCUUCUUUUGAGCGGCUACCGCCGAAAUCGCCGGGUCUACAGAAGGUGGUGAAACCUCGUCUGAACUUGGACCAGCCUGACAAUAUUGGUAUGACACCGCUAAUGAUUUGUGCUGAGGCUGGUCAAAAUGGCUUUCGCAUGGUGGUCGGCCUGGUCUCGGCCGGCUGUGACAUUGCUGCCGUUGACAAGAUGGGCAUGACGGCCUUGCACUACGCGUGCUACGUUGGUGCCAUUGCCACCGUCCGAUUUCUCAUUGAGGAAGCCGGCGAGUUCUCCGAUAAGCGUCCGCUUGAUCUGCUUAAUUUUCAG